CGAAUCAAAUAGACCCAUUUCAUAAUUCUGCCAACCUCUCUAUCUCAGACGGGCACGGAAGACGAAAUCCCGAACUUAUAAAAUACAACUUCCCCUCGUCGUAAUUCAAUUCAACCAAACUUCCUGCUCAGUUCCCAGUAUAUUGCAGGUUUUGAAGGGCAUUGAACUGGAUUGGCUGUUUGUUAUAGAUGGCAUUAAGGCGCUUAUGUGGGUUCUCAGAUGGGGAGUUGAUGAGGUCAGAUUGUAAGCCUUGCUCUAGAUUGAUGAGGCAAACAGCUGGAAUUUUUAGUGUUGGAGGAGCAUUUGGUUUCUGGAUUCUCUGUAGGUUGCAUUAUGGUCCAAGAAUUACAAAUCCUAGAAGUCUUCGGUGGGCUGCUUGUGGAGCUAUUGCUUGGAGUUCAACUUCUGCUCUGCUGGUCCGCCUUUUUAGCCCUGAAUGUGAACCCCAGAAUAUAGCUGCUUAUGACAAAGUAAAAUAGCAAUAGGUUACCCAUGAAGGUUGAAAUUAUGUUGUGGCAAAUUAGCUAUCCGCUGGUCUUUUAUAUAGAGACCAUAAAUUUUCUAGGUUGACCACCAGGACUGGAUUCUUGUAUUGCCUUAUUGUCCAGUGGUGUGAUUAUUAUCAAAUGACUGAUUUGAGUUUUGAGUCAGCUCCUUCUGAGAGGCUGGAGUCGUCAGAGACUGUACUUUUAGAAUGGAUUAGAGACAGAGCAGAGCCAUAACUCUUGUCAAUGCACGGAAAAGUAAGAUUGCAGUGAUUAUCCUCUA